GUCCAUUUGUCUUUCACAUGGGCAUUCUAAACAUGGCUCACGACAAGACCAAGUUGAGCGCAAAGAGAUUAUUCUUCGAUCAGCUUUCGGCUCUGAAUGAGACCUCAGACGAGGAAGAUGAUACAAACGAUAUUCGAGAUGUUUUCCGAAAGAGCAAGAAGCUCUCAUCUCCCCAAGCCCUUUCGUCGGAGUUUCCGCCCCAAAACAUUCGCACACCCAUUACUAUCAACAAAAUGCCAGGAUUUCAACGAACAAUAUCUGCCCCACUAUCGAGUGCAAGUCUCGUUAAGGAGACACCCCUUCCUCCGAGUCUGUCUUCGCUAGGUCGCUCUGAGUCGGCAGCACUGCUGUCGUCAGAAAUACCGGUCGUAGAAGAUACUCCGGAACCUAAUCUCCAUGUAGUACAACGCACUGCUUCAAGUCCCACCUUGGGAACAGGCACUUUGGUAUUAAAUUAUAGCACAGGAAUUGAGUCAAUGCUCGGGAAGAGAAAUCGCACUGGGUUGGAACCGUUGCAUGCCAAGAAGAAAUUGCGCAAGGAGUCUUCGAUCAAGCUCGUGCCCGAAGACGAACAGAUCUUCAAGGGCCAAAUAUUUUAUUACAUCCCACCCGACGAUAAGGCGCCCUUACGGCGAACUCGAAUUAACAAGGCAAGGGAAUUUGGUGCAACUUGGACGAGGGAGUUUACACCAGCUACGACCCAUAUUGUGGUUGAUAAAGGUAUUACCUUCAAGGAUGUGAUGGCAUUCCUGAGACUUGAGACGCUACCAUCGAAUACAAUUAUGGUGUCUGAAGAAUAUCCUAUUGACUCGAUCAAGUGUCGAUUCUUGCUCGAUCCAAGGCAGAAACUAUAUGCUAUCGAUGGACAUCCGGAGACUCUCCAAGAAGAAAAUACACCAGACACGACCUCGCAGAAAUCUAAUAAAUCACUUGAGCUCAAAGCAUCAAAGAGAAACCCGGGAACGAGGGACCACAAUCCUCCAAACCAAACACCACCUCGAAGUGAAAACUCAACACAAGUAAGUCAAGGAAAGGAAAACGCGAGGGAGCUAUUGCCCGAAUCAUCGGAAGGCGUCUGGUUAGCACAAAAUACAACUCAUACGAACUCUGUAGUGGCGGAAAGCCCACAGGAGACAUCUCACCAUGCGGGUAUAAUAUGUGAGACGCCGGAGUCUGUCUGGUUGAGGGACGAACUGGAUGAGAUGAUCAAAGUCGCACGAAGUAUGAAGGAUGUACCCAUUGACGACGAAGAAGAUGAUCAUGCGGAUGAUAGACCCCCGUCUUGCGAUGAUCCUGACGAUUCAGGGUCAGAUGAUGAGCCUCGACGCCCAAGUUCUCGGAGUGCCCCCAAAUCAAAGCUCAGGGGCUCUAACAAAGGUCCGUUCAAUCAGGAUAAAUUCACCUGCAUGACUGGAGGGACGGGUGUUACCCCUGAAUCGAACCCAAAUGCGCGAACAAUUGAAGUGCUCCAAAAGAUGGCCGACUAUUAUGUCCAGACCAAAGACCAUUGGCGUCAGACAGCAUAUCGAAAAGCUAUCGGAACGCUGCGUAGGCAGACCGACAAGAUAGCUACCUAUGAGGAAGCAUUAAAUCUUCCGACUAUUGGGAACAGACUAGCAUUGAAGAUUGAGGAGAUAGUGCUCACGAAUGGCUUGCGGAGGCUUGAAAAUGCCAUGAUGGAUUCCAACUAUCAUACCCUACAACUCUUUAUGAAUAUCUACGGCGUUGGGAUCAACCAGGCUUGGAAGUGGGUUCAACAGGGGCAUAAGACUCUCGAAGACCUGAAGUCUCAUGCCCACUUAACCGACAAUCAGCGACUGGGGAUCGAACAUUAUGAUGAUUUUUUGACGCGGAUUCCUCGAGAUGAGGUUACCGCUCUUGGAAACGUCGUCAGCGCUGCCGCUGCUGCUCUUGAUCCAAAAGUGGAGGUAAUAAUUGGUGGAAGCUAUAGGCGUGGGGCUUCCAGUUCUGGAGAUAUUGAUUGCUUGUUGACCAAGCCAUCCACGUCUUCCAGCCAAGAGCUGUUGGGUUUCCUCAAUCAGCUAAUCAGUAAACUCACGGAGAGCAAGUUUCUGGUAGCCGCGCUUUCGGUGCCUUCACAGAGCGGAUCGAAAUGGCACGGUUGUUGCGUCCUCCCCGGUGCAUCAAAACCGAUCUGGAGAAGGAUAGACUUCCUGCUUGUUCCAGAGACUCAACUAGGAGCGGCGUUGAUAUAUUUUACUGGUGAUGAUAUCUUCAAUCGCAGCAUUCGAUUGCUGUCAAGUCGAAAAGGAUGGCGGCUGAAUCAGAGAGGUCUUUACAAAGAUGUUAUGAGAGGGCCUGGCAGAGUCAAGAUGACCGAGGGAACACUGAUUGAGAGCGCAGAUGAGAGGAAGAUUUUUGCAGCUCUGGGCGUGCCAUGGAGGCCGCCGGAGCAGCGAAUAUGUCAUUAA